CUUGUGGUGAACUUCACAUAGGUCCCUUGCAGUCUGAAGCCAGCGCUCACUGGGCUCACAACUCCAUACAUCCCAGUGUCAGUUAUUUACCGGUGUAAACGCGUUUCUGUGUUUGAAAUACUCUCCAGGCAGACAGGCAUGUCGGGCUCAACCUCCCCGCCUCCCCCGGCAGAGGCUGUGGGAACCGAGGGCUGUUUUCCCCCCGGAUACAAGCCUUUCAAACCCGAGGAGCACGGCCUGGAGCGUGGAUUCCGUCUCACAGCCUUCUCGGACCUGAAGGGAUGAGGCUGCAAGGUCCCGCAGGAGGCUCUGCUCAAACUCCUGGCGGGACUGGGGCAGGACCGGGCCGACGGGACAGGCAAGGCCGGAGACCAAGCAUCAAACUUUGGCCAGCAGUUGCCCGGACCUCGGCUCGGUGUAGGGAUGGACUGCUGUGUGAUUCCUCUAAGGCAUGGAGGUCUCUCACUGGUCCAGACCACAGACUUCUUCUACCCUCUGGUGGAGGAUCCCUACAUGAUGGGCAGGAUAGCGUGUGCUAAUGUCCUCAGUGAUCUUUACGCCAUGGGCAUCACAGAGUGCGACAACAUGCUGAUGCUGCUGAGCAUCAGCCAGAAGAUGAAUGACAAGGACCGUGAGCGUGUGAUGCCACUGAUUAUUCAAGGAUUUCGUGAUGCAGCAGAGGAGGGAGGGACUUCUGUGACAGGUGGCCAGACGGUAAUCAAUCCCUGGAUAAUCGUAGGAGGAGUAGCGUCAGUUGUCUGCCAGCCUAAUGAGUUCAUUAUGCCAGACGGUGCUGUUCCAGGUGACGUCUUGGUUCUAACUAAACCUCUGGGGACACAGGUGGCUGUCAACGCUCACCAAUGGCUCGAUCAGCCUGAAAGGUGGAACAAGAUCAAGCUUGUUGUCACCAAAGAGGAAGUUAAAGAGGCCUAUCAGGAAGCCAUGUUCUCCAUGGCAACGCUAAAUCGCACAGCGGCAGGCCUAAUGCACAAGUUCCAGGCCCACGCAGCGACAGACGUGACAGGUUUCGGAUUGUUGGGGCACGCCAACAAUCUAGCAGCACAGCAACGAAACGAGGUGGCCUUCGUCAUCCACAACCUACCAAUCAUUGCCAAGAUGACUGCCAUCAGUAAAGCCUGUGGAAACGUGUUCAACCUGGUUCAGGGCAUGUCAGCUGAAACAUCUGGUGGGCUGCUAGUUUGUCUGCCCAGGGAACAGGCAGCCAAGUUUUGCUCUGAGAUGAAGAGCCAGAGCUCAGGGGCUGGAGGUCAGGGGGCGGCAGGUGGGGCGUGGAUAAUUGGCAUCGUAGAGAAAGGGGACCGCCGCGCUCGCAUCAUCGACAAGCCCCGCAUUAUCGAGGUUCCACCACGAGGAAGCCAAGCAGCAAACCAAGACAACAGUUCCACCAGCCCUACUCCAGGCCCAAAUUUGUCAUAGACACUGCCGCCCCUUUGACGCUCUGUGUGUGUGUGUGUGUGUGUGUGUGUGUGUGUGUGUGUGUGUGUGUGUGUGAUGUUGCUGUCCAUGUCCAUGUCAUCUCCCUUUUCAGUCAAAUGGCUGAGAGCACACAGACCAAAUUCACUGUCGUCUUUUUCCAGUGGGAGAGGGAAUUGCUGCAUACAGUUAAUUACCUAAAGCAAGGCCUUUCACCACUUUAGAAUGAAAUGUAAAUUCAGGAUAGUCAGCUGUACUACCCCACCCCAUCUUUUUAUUUUAUUUAGAUCUGCACUCCUUGCCUUUAAUUCUUCCCUUUCCUAAUCCAUAGAGACAACUGACUUUGUAUAUUUUAUCUUAAUGCAGAAAAGGUGUCUGAGGAAAAAAUGAGUUUCACUUGUGAAGAGAAAACAUUCCAAAUCAUUCUUGCCAAAUUCAGCAAAUAAUGAAAGUGUGUUAGUGGGUGUGUGUGUUUUUAAUGAUUUGACUUGGGGUGCUUUGCUGUGGGGAACAGAGGGUUUUGUUGGCCUCUUUCUGUGAAGUGGAUGAUGUUGAUGUCUCAUGUUGGUGAAUGUAUAAUGUGGAAAUUAAAUUUUUCAUCUGUCCUGGCACCGGGCUCUGCCCACACAGUCCAGAGGAAGGCUUGAGCAGCUUUCUCUGGACCAACUGGGCAGUGUCCAGAGUUUCCGUCUCUGUCAGCUGAUUGGCCGCCCAGCACCGAGUCCUUCCCCCCUUCCCAUUUUAUGAAGCUCUGCCUUUUAAACCCCAGCCAAUGGGGCGGGUGGAGUGGAUGUUUCUCUUUGGAUCAGGGUUGGACUUUGCUUGCUGGAGGUGUAUAGCUGUCUGUGUUUGUAGAUUUCCUGCUUUUCACAAUUAAUAAAAACCAUCAUCAACUCAAA